UCCCUAUAUAAGUAGCGGAUUGCAGCCGAGCCGCGGAGAGCGGGGUGCCACGUGUGCAAGGAGACGCGACUUUUGUACCAGGAUGGAGAAGAGGCUCCUGGAAGGGUUUGCAGCCGAGUUCUUUAUCAGAGUCCUGCUGCUCGGUAUUUUCCUUCUUACAGAGAUGAUGCAUCCCUUCCAGCGAGUGAUUCAGCCAGAGGAGAUGUGGCUCUAUAGAAACCCGUAUGUGGUCUCCGAUCGAGUUCCCACUAACAGUAUGUUUCUGAUCUCUUUCUUGGCUCCCAUCUCGGUUGUGGUUUUGGCCCGCCUUUGUCGCCGAGCGGAUCGCGCAGACGCACGUGAAGCUAUACUUGCUGCCAGUCUUGCUUUAGCUCUUAAUGGUGUGUUCACUAAUACAAUAAAACUCAUAGUGGGAAGGCCACGUCCCGACUUUCUGCAACGCUGUUUUCCAGAUGGGCGAGAAUUGCCAGGACUGGAAUGUACGGGGGAUCCGGAAGUGGUGACUGAAGGGAGAAAGAGCUUUCCUAGUGGCCACUCCUCAUUUGCAUUUGCUGGACUGGGCUUCACAGCUCUUUAUAUUGCGGGGAAGCUGGGAAGUUUUUCCAUCACUGGUCGUGGACAUUCCUGGAGACUGUGCACCUUCUUGUUCCCGCUGCUGUGUGCUAUCGCUAUUGCUUUGUCCCGCACAUGUGACUACAAGCACCACUGGCAGGAUGUUGUGGUUGGAGCUCUCAUUGGACUCUUCUUUGCCUACCUGUGCUACAGGCAGUAUUACCCCCCAUUGACAGACAAGGAAUGUCAGCAGCCAUAUCGGACCAAGGGACGAGUGUCCGGAGCUCAGGAGAGGAAGCUGAGCACUGCAGGGUACAGCCUGGAUGUAUAGCUGAGACAUUCCAUACAUAUAGACUUUCACUGCCACAGUGUACUGAGAUGCCCUCCUAUGGUGAAGAGGUGGUCUUCACUUUUCUCAGGAGCAGAUAAUCUAUUUAUUAGGGGCAACUUUUACCUUCUAACAGGUUUGGCGGUUUCCAGUUCUCUGUUACACUUGAAGAGAAUAUUCUAAGAGGAGGACCAUGCUAUAGAUUGACAUUUCCAGUGAGUCUUUUAUGCCUAGUUUGGGUAUGUAGGACAACCUAUAAAUACUUGGCAGUUGUGUAGAACAUAUUUAUUGGGACAGUGGUAAAUUAUAUCUGGGCCCCAGGGAUAUCCUUGCUGUAUCCGACCAAGACCUGAUCUGACGACGAUGGGAUUAUUCAUACUAUUAAGUGAUUGUAGAUUAUGAGGGAUGGAUCGCUCAGUGCUUGGAAUGUAUCUGCUGUGAUCAGUUUACUGUAGAUUAUCACAAGGUCAUCCGAUACGGAUUAUCAAAGUCUAGUGAUAUCAUGAUUCUAGUCUUAUGUGGACAAAAUCACAUAGUGCUACGAGAAUGGCCUGUGUUCUUCUAGGCUGAUCAUGGAACGGAUUCCUCCAGCCACACGGUUGAGGUGGAUAGAGGAGCCCUCCCCACUGGGACAUUGUAUUCCGACUGGGAUUCUUCGCUGUCAGAAAAAAAACUGAUCGGCGGCUGCUGAUCGAAAAAAAAAUAAUUUCCACCAAAGUUGAUUGUUAGGAGUUCUGUUGUGGGAGCGGCCACACCAGGAUCUUAAUUUGACCGAUCUCUACUGAACUGCCCGAAUUUCAAUCCAUGUAUGGCUGGGUUUAGACUGUAGAAUCAUACAGUGCUAGAAUUAUGUGCAAUUUCCAGUGACAAUAGAUUACAGGACAGGAUUAUAUGGUGCUAGGUUUGGACCGAACUGUAGUUUGAGAAUAACCAAGCUGUGUUGGUUUUAAAAGCACUUAACAGACUUUGAACAGUCAAAUUUCCUUCUGUAGUUGAAUACCAUCACCUAAAUAGUAUUCAAAUGUCCAAAAAU